AUGGGAGAUAGAACAGUAGCUAACAUUGUGAAUGAGGUCUCCGUCGCAAUAUGGACAACUAUGCAGCCGGAUUAUUUGCCACAACCUACAUCAGAGACGUGGCUGUCGAUUGCGUCUGAUUUUAAUUCAAGAUGGAAUUUUCUUCACUGUGUGGGGGCGAUUGAUGGGAAGCACAUUGUUAUAAAGAAACCAAACAAAUCUGGAUCAUCAUACUACAAUUACAAACACACUUUCUCCAUCGUCCUAAUGGCAGCUGUUGACGCUACAUCAAAAUUCACUUUCAUCGAUGUAGGAUCCAUGGGGAGAUUCAGUGAUGGUAAUAUUUUUUCAAGUUGCGAAUUGGAAAAAAAAAUGGUAAGAGGAAGUCUUAAACUGCCCUCCCCUUCUGAACUUCCCUCCUUUCAACAUAGUAUGCCAUACGUGUUUGUAGGGGAUGAGGCCUUCCCGCUAAUGUGCAACUUGAUGAGACCCUACCCAAAGAAGCAAGUUACGGACAACCAUGAAAAUAAGGUGUUCAACUACAGGCUUUCACGGGCCAGACAAACUGUUGAGUGUGCUUUUGGAAUUCUAGCAUCGCGAUUCCGCGUAUUCCAAAAACCAUUCGAGAUUAAAGUUUCUAGCGUUGUCAGUGUCGUAAAAGCAGCUUGUUUGCUACAUAAUUAUCUGCGCAGAAAUGCUGCAGUAAAUGUGGAUAGUGAAGAUGUUUCAACUGGACAAUUACCAAAAGAGCAACUGGUUCCAGUAUCAAGGAAUCGAGCAAGAAGUGUACAAGCAGCUUUUGCAGUAAGACAGAAGUACACUGCAUACUUUAACUCAGUAGGAAGUGUGGAGUGGCAGGAUGAACGAGUCUCUGAAGGACAAUAUUAA